AGGAACUUGGGCCAUUCAUUACAAUUAGGAGCAGGGGCAUUGUGAGGUCACCAAUGCCCCUACCACGGUAAAUGGUGGACGUAAAACAAAUCUGAAGGGCAAAUCCUGUAAAUACGACCGUUGGAAUUGCAGAGGUAAACAAGAUUUCCAUCCAUUGUUUACAACUUAUAAUACAGUACUUACCAGAUAUGUUUAGAUAUACUCGUAUAGAUAUCUCAUCGGCAGCUUGUAGUUGUCCUGUUGCAAGAGUUACCUCAAUCCACAAUGGCUGAAGAGGUAAGGUACAUAUAAAUUGUAGGUACCCAUGGUAGUAGCUGUUGCCAGAGCGACGAAGAGGGAGAAUGAAGAAGUUACAGCAUUAAAAUUCCGGGGUAAUACGGAUUUCUCAGGCACGAGACAUCCAGUUGAGACAAAGGUUGGAAACCAUGCAGCAGUCUUUUGUUGUUUUUGUGCAUCAAAAGAUGCUACAUUGCACUACACUAUGUUGUACUAGUUUACUGGGUUUUACUACAUUUUUAGUCAAUUGAAAUCAACCAAGUGGAGAUUAUAUAUAUAUAUAUAUUAUAUAGAUUGUGGGUGCAAUAUUCUGGAUCCACAAGUGGUCAGAUUGGUUAUAUACUUGUGGGUAUCAGGAAUUGAAGAAGAAGAAGAAGAAGAAGUGGAAGUAGAAUGAGGGUGCAUCUGCAUUUGGGCCACUUUUGGUGCCUGUUUUUUAUGUGCAUUUGGGUUUCAGGGUCUGUUGUUGGUGCUGCAGCAUCUGGUUUUAAUAUUACAAAAUUUUUGAGUGGGUACCCAGAGUUUGAGACAUUCAAUAAUCUGCUGACAGCAACCAAUGUGGCCAAGCAGAUAAACAACAGGACCUCUCUCACCAUACUCGUCUUGUCAAAUUCUGUCAUGGUAAACUUCAUGGCUGGUUAUGGAGGGAACCCGCCAAAGUCUGAUGAGAUCCAAUAUGUUCUUCAGUACCAUGUGCUUCUGGAGUAUCUGGAUUGGUACAGGUUCAGAAGGAUGACAAGGGGGGGUACACUUGUAACUACACUCUAUCAAACCACAGGCAUGGCACCCAGAAACUUUGGUUCAGUUAAUAUAACCUAUGACAAAAAUGUGGGAGUCAGAAUCAGGACACCUGCUCCGUAUGGUGGUGGUUUAAGUGCAACUGUCGUAAGCCUCGUCAAGGAAUUUCCUUACACUAUCAGCAUUUUUAGUAUAGAUAACAUACUCAUACCUUAUGGUUUUGAUCUUUCUACUUCAUCUGAACCAAAUGACGGCUCAAUCAAUGUAACGAAUGUUCUUGAAAAUGCCAAGAACUUCAAUUUUGUUGUUUCUAUGAUGGUGGCUUCUGGGGUUACUUCAGAUUUGGAGUCUGACCAGGCUGGUGCUGGCAUUACCUUUUUCGCCCCUACAGAUGAUGCAUUUUCAGCUCUUCCUCCAGAUACACUACAGGGGCUUACAGCCGAAAACAAGGCCGUCGUUCUCAAGUACCACGUUUUGCAUUCUUAUUACCCUCUUGGAUCUCUGGAAUCCAUAGUGAAUCCUGUUCAACCAACAUUGGCUACAGAAUCCAUGGGUGCUGGGAGAUAUACCCUAAACAUUACGAGGAUAAAUGGUUCAGUUACUGUGGACACAGGUAUUGUUCAAGCUUCUAUAACCCAGACAGUUUUCGAUCAGAAACCCCUGGCAAUAUUUGCAGUGCCCAGGGUUCUUCUGCCUCGUGAAAUGUUUGGCAAUCAUGCUCCUGUCCGGUCUCCUGAAAAUUCUCCGUCUCCCAAGGUACAUGUUCCUUCCCCUGUUCCCGAAUCAUCUCCUAGUCUUGCAAUUCCACCAACGCCACCUAAUGUGGUUCCCAAUCCACCAUCCUCAAAUGCACCUCCUGCUGUCGUUCCACCCUUGGCUUCGCCUAAUCCAAAUUCUUCAUAUGGUGGGGUAAUAGGGGAGCCGAAUCCCAUUUCUCCUUCUUCAGGGCAAAAAACAAGCGGCACUACCCUGACCAGUUUAGCUGCAGGUCACAUUAUUUUAGCCUCCCAAUGUAUUUGUCUCAUCUACAUUGUCUAUCCAUUUUUGCAUUGAAUUUGUGAAAAGAGCAUUUUUUCAGGGAUAAAAUUGGAUGAUUUAAUGUCAGCUAUAUGCAAUUUACAUGGCUGCUUUUCAAAUAUACUUUUAAGUAUCAGUUCCUCUUCAAAUUUAAAAAUAAGGGCAUUUUAUUCCCGUAUGAAAGAGCAAGGAAAAGAACUGGUCAUCAAGUCAGCCAAUUUCUGGAGGGACGGUCUCUAUCAAUUCAGAAUACAUAUCUUCUCCUAUUUAUAUAUCCAUUUGAAUGGUAAAAAUGAUUUUAAUUUUCCGAAUGACUGGUUCGUUCACAGUUGGACUUGUUAAAGCAAAUGCAUGCUUCUUUGCAGUCGAAAUUGUUGCUCUCUCCUAUGGUUCAGGAUCAUCCAGUCUGGAAAACCUGAUUGCUAAAUGUAUGCUAUAUGUAUCCAUAUUGUAUAGAUGGUUCAACCAAGGAGGACACAUUCUUUCGAUUCCUUUAAAUUGUAUUACAAUUGGAAAUAAUAAUCAAGUCAUCUUGCUCAA